UCCUCCUCCUCCUCCUCCUCGACUCCAUUGCAGGCAAAGUUUCGAUUUUUCGCAUCCGACGACACUCGGCAGCCGCACGAGCUCCCUCGCCGCCGGACGGCCGCCGGAGAUCCAAAGCCCUCUCGCGCUUCGUGGGCUGUCCUCUUUCUCGGCGGAAGUGGGGGAAGCAAUGGACGACGAGGAGAUAGCGAAGCUCGUGACGGAGUACCUGAAGAAGAAGGGUUUCGCGCAGGCCGAGCAAGCUUUCCAGGAAGAGCUCCAGCAGCGGCAGCAGCACCAGCACCAGCCGCAGCCGCCUGCGUCGAGGAAGGCCGCCGACCGCGGCGGCAGUUCGCUCGCCGACCCCGAGAUUGCCAAGCUCGUCCUCUCCUUCGUCGAUAGGUCUGAAAGUAGUCCAGUGCGAUACCAUGAUGGAUAUAGCAAACUAAGGACAUGGGCGCACAGCUCGCUUGAUUCAUACAAGCAUGAGUUGCUGCGUGUGCUUUAUCCAGUAUUUAUUCAUUGCUUUAUGGAUUUGGUUGCACAAGGACAUAUUCAAGAAGCUCGAACCUUUUUCAAUAGCUUCCGCGAGGACCAUACGAUGAUGCAUGCUGCAGACCUUCUAAAAUUGGAAGGAGUCCUUUCCCCAUCUCAUUUGGAGGAGAUGGAAUUUGCCCAUUAUCUUAGGCACACAAAAGCUAACAUCAAGAUAUGUCAGUACUCCUAUGACCUUCUACUUCAAUAUCUUCACAAGACGCAGUCCAUGACGAUGCUUGGAAUUAUUAAUGAGCGUAUAAACUUUCAAGUUACCCCUGGACAGCCCAUGUCUAUUUCCGAGGAUGUUGGAGUAGAAACGAUCUUUUCCAUUGAGGAUGAUGCUAAUCAAGCAAGUCACAAAGAGAUACAGUGGGGGUUGCUUGAAGAUUCCUUGGAAGAUCGCCUGGACAAGGCUGGAAAUCCACUUUUAGAAUCUGAGAAGGCUGAUGGAGAAACCAAAGAGGGAGACUCAGAGGACGUUAAGAAAAGGGCAGGAGAAGGGGGAAAGCAAAGUACGUCAGUCAAAAAGUCGAAAAAGGACAAGGGUACAGGUGCAGUUGGGAAAAAUACGCGCCCAGAGCCUAAUGUUGUAUCUGUGGCGCCACGAGUCAAACCAGAGCUUGCUUUGCCAGUAAUUCCAGCAGAGGUUGAACAAUCUAUACUUGAAGACUUGAGAAACCGGGUGCAGUUAGGUAGUUCAGCACUGCCGUCUGUCAGCUUUUACACAUUUAUCAAUACACAUAAUAGCUUAAAUUGUUCAUCAAUAUCCCAAGAUGGGUCUUUGGUUGCUGGUGGUUUUUCAGACUCAUCGUUGAAGGUUUGGGACAUGGCAAAGCUUGGGCAGCAGUCUGGUACUUCUAUUUUGCAGGGUGAAAAUGAUACCACUAAUGGUGAUCAGGGAGUGGGGACAAAUGGUGGGAGGAGAUCUUACACCCUGUUCCAGGGUCAUUCAGGCCCUAUCCAUUCUGCCACUUUUAGUCCUUUGGGUGAUUUUAUUCUCACCUCAUCAGCUGACUCCACGAUCCGGUUAUGGAGCACAAAACUAAAUGCUAAUCUUGUGUGUUACAAGGGCCACAACUACCCUGUAUGGGAUGUUCAGUUUAGUCCAGCAGGGCAUUACUUUGCCAGCUCUUCACAUGACAGAACAGCAAGACUAUGGUCUGUGGACAGAAUUCAGCCCUUGAGGAUAAUGGCAGGACACUUGUCUGAUGUUGAUUGUGUUCAAUGGCAUCCCAACUGCAACUACAUUGCCACUGGUUCUUCUGAUAAAACAGUUCGACUGUGGGAUGUAGCAAGCGGAGAAUGCGUACGCAUUUUUAUCGGCCACAGGAGUAUGAUUCUGUCUUUAGCUAUGUCGCCAGAUGGUCGUUACAUGGCUUCUGGAGAUGAAGAUGGCACUAUCAUGAUGUGGGACCUUUCCAGUGGGCGAUGCAUUAUGCCUUUAAUGGGUCACACAUCUUGUGUCUGGACCCUGGCCUACAGCUGUGAAGGUACUCUUCUUGCGUCUGGUUCUGCUGAUUGCACAUUAAAACUAUGGGACAUCGCUACAAGUGCAAAACUUCCCAGAACUGAAGAAAAAAGCGGAAGCACAAGUAGACUAAGAUUGCUAAAAACUUUGCCCACCAAGUCUACUCCGGUGUACACAUUGCAGUUUUCUCGUAGAAAUUUACUCUUUGCCGCCGGGGCCUUGUCAAAGGUGUGAGUUGUGAUCAAGCAGAAAGCCUCAUCAGAUCUUCAUCACCCAUGAGCUUCCAACGCUCGACUGACUUCUGCUUGCAGAGUUUGGGAGUUGACAUCCAAGGACUUUCUUUGCCAUUAUCCAAGGACUUCAAUGCUGUCCUUCUGUGUACCAUCAACUGUAUGUUUGAUGUGUGUGGCAGGCUUCUUUAACAGAUUUACAGAUGGACUAAGGCAAAAAAAAAUAAUGUGUAGAUAGACAAAUCGUGAUGUUGAGAAUGCAAAUUUGUUGUUAAUUAUGUGUCCACCCAAUGAUUACUGAGAACAACCAAGCGGCUGUUUUAUAAUCCAGUGGCCCUACGAUUGUCUUUCUGCC